AUGGAGGUGAAAACCUUUCUUCUCCCUUUGGUCCUCUUUGUUUUCAUCUUCUCGCAAUUUUCACUUUCAGCUUUUAAGGGGAUCCUAAACAACCCCUACGUUGGUCCUUCCAUCGACGAAUUGGGACAUCACGCUGGUUACGCUGGUCACGCUACUAUAGCCUCCCACGUACAAAAUCAGCCAAGAUGUUCUACUUUUUCUUUAAAUCACGGAACAACAGUGCAGAUCCGAACGGUCCGUUCAAGAUUUCGGAGGAUCUCUCUCUCUCUCUUUUGGAACGAUUUUGGUUGGGACAAGGUCUCAAAUAUAAGUUACGUUGAUCAAUUGGGACUGGUUUCAGCAACACGUCGGUCACUAGCGAUCUCUGGCAUGACGAAGAUGGUGUGA